UCCAGUUUUAUUCCUGUUUUAAUGCUGUUUUUUUGCUGUUGUAGGCAUUAUAAUUGUUAUGAAGACGGCGCAAAGAAAUUUACCCCGGGUUUUAGGCUAGGUGUUGAUUAUGUUGAGGAUAAAACUUGGUUUUACCAUUUGGCCACAUGCGACAUGUUUAUGAACGACUCGCAUAUGAACACCAUAUUCUAUUACCUUCGGAAAAAAGGUAAGUAUUCUUCCGCUGUGACGUUGAAUUUCGCAACCACUGAUUGUCUUUUUGAUGAUUCCAUCCAAGCAUUGUACCACAAAUUUAACAAGGCCAAGUCAAUGAAGACUAAGAUGUCACACAUUCACGUCGCCCACCCAAUUGCGCAUUAUAUCCGAGGUAUGCGCAUUCCCUGUUCCAAGCCUUGGUAUGAAGCCGAUCACGUGCUUUUCAUCAUCAAUUUAAGAAGGGAAAGUCAUUGGGUUUUUGGGCGUCUUGACGUGCACGAAAGGACGUUAUUUCUGUACAAUUCUUUGAGAACCGCGAAGAUGAAUGCCGCAGCUAGGAAUGCGAUGAAGGCUUAUUCCGUGUUGUUGCCUUUGUUUUUCGAUUUACUUGGGUUACGGAAGAAUAGAGCACAAGUUCUCGCCUCGCAUAUGUUGUCGCCUUUGCCGAAUUCUUUAUACACGGAAAGGAUGUCCCCGUACUUUGACAUCGAAGUUUAUCGAACCCGACUUGCUGCACUUUUCUACUCGUACGGACAAAGGAAAAUUGACGAAAGUAUUGAUAGCGAGGAUGAGAAGCAAUCCAAGUCUUCUAAGGCAUCUAAAUUGAAGAAAUAG